AUCUCAACAAGCGGCUUUUCCAUUCAUGAAGUGCAAACUAUAAAAAAACUAGAUUUUAAGGAUUAUAUAUAUUCAGAUUUCAUCAUGCCAAGUAAGAAGAAGAAGUACAAUGCAAGAUUUCCACCUGCAAGGGUGAAGAAGAUCAUGCAGACAGAUGAAGAUGUUGGGAAAGUUGCAGCUGCUGUCCCUGUCAUCAUUUCAAGGGCUUUGGAGCUUUUUAUUGAAUCAUUGAUUAGAAAAACUAGUGAGACCACUCAGUCAAGGAAUGCCAAGACACUAACGGCGACACAUAUAAAACAAACAAUUCAUUCAGAAAGAAAAUUUGACUUUUUACGAGACCUUGUUGCUGCUGUUCCCGACCAUCAAGUUGAAGAGGAAACAGAUUCUUCUACCAACCAUAAAAGAACUUACGCUCCGAGACAAAGAAAAGAAAAAGAUAAAAAUGUGAAAAGGAGAAAAAAGAAGACUUCAUCAGAAAGUUCUGAAGCUGAGGAGGAAGAAGAUGAUGAAAGUACGGAGACGGAUGAGGAGUGUAACAAUGAUCCUACCCAUCUAUACGAGGCAUCUACAUCUCAAGUGACUCCCCACCCCGCCGCUUUGAUGACUUCUUCUUCCCAACCAAUGGCACUACCACAACCAUUGGCUUCUCCCUACCCCCAAAUACCUGGCUAUAACCCCCAAAAUAUUGACUCAAACAUAGCACAGCCUAUUAAUCUAUGCAUGAAGGAAGAGCCAAACAAUUCGAGUUCCACCUGUGAUCAAGGUCAAAGUUCAAGUCAAGAACCAGGACAGAGUGCCCCUCAUUUGCCCAAUAGUCUGUCCUCUGUGAGGAUGCCUGUUAGGGGAAUCCCCUCUCUACACCCCUCAGGACUUCCCCCUUUUAAAGCUGUGCCCGGCACAUCCGCCAUGUUGGGUGCGACAGGGAGUCUUGCUUCCUUUAUGUCCUCGGUUACUAACACACAAGAAGAUGAUGAUUACGAUACAUGAUGGAAAAUUAUUGUGAAAGUUUGUGGAAACUGUUCCAUGAAAACAUUCUUUUGACUCGAGGGAAAAGAUUUUAAUUCGUCGUUAGUGAUGUCUUUUCCGAAAAAAACAUGUUCCUAUAACUCGAGGAAACUUUUGUUUAACGUUUAAUAAAAAAAGAAUUUGUGUUCUAAAAACUCAAGUAAGACCAAUGAUAAGGUCUUGGAAUGAAAGAUGUUUUUUCAAUAUGAUAACUUGAAAAAACUGAUCGUACAGGUUUUGUGAAAAAGAAGAUUUUGUUUUCUAAAAACUCAAGAAAAGAUGUGGAUAAGGUUUUGUAUGAAAGAAGUUUUUUUCAUUCUGAUUCAAGAAAUGGAAUACAGAUUUUUGAGAAAAACUUUUUUUGUUCUGAUAACUCGAGAAACUGAUAUUAAAAGUUUUAGAAGAAAAGCUCAUUAUUAUAUUUUUACCCGAUCUGAAUUUAAGUGAUAAGUGAUGUCUGAUUUGUGAACAGAAAGUAUUUUUAUUUUGAUGACUGAGGCGUGUUGUGUGGGAACUAAACUUUGCUGUCGGAAUAUCCAAUUCCAUCUCACAAGCUUUAAUUUAACUUUGAAUUUUACAUCUUUAUUUGUUAAAUAAUGCACUGGUGUGAGUUUAGACUGAAUUGUGCUUGGGACAUCUUCAUUAUUUACACUGUACUGUACACAUAUACAAUAUAACCUAAUUCCAAGAACUCUACUUGAACCAGAUCUUUCCCACCCCCACACAGAGACACUGGUUGGUCUAGCUGUAUCAACAGAAAAAACUUCUACAUUAGUGAAGUAAUAAAUCCACCUAGUGCCAGUUCACUUCUAAAUACCACAACCGAGGGGAAAUAGGAAGUGAUCAAACUAUAUGAAAUAUGAUGGAGCACAUGGCUGCCGUUUUCUUUGUGUAUGGUGUAUAGUAAUUGUGGAACCAGAAAACGGUAGAUCUGGAUUUUUGCAUUAUUUUUUUUCUCUAAUGAAACAAAAAUGAAAAAUUUUAACAUGGGUUUCAGAAAAUAUUUCUUGAAAUUUCAAAGACUUCGAAGUUAUAAUCAUCAUAUGAUUACAAUUUUUUUUGCGAGAUUUUUUUCUCGGUUUACAAUGUAUUUAAAUUGUUACGAGGAGGAUUUUGAGGAUUCAUUUUGAAAUUUCUCCUCAACUAAUGCUAUCUUUUGAACAGUGCAUGUUAGAUUGAUUAUAUAAAGACCAUCUGAAGAAGAUGUUCAGUUUUUGGAAACUUGUAGAAUAUCAGUACCAGACAAUAGUGUUGUAUACGUAGGUCAUAUAAGUAUCUGAUAAAUGUACCAUACCCAAUAUUCUGAUGUACGAGACACAACCAAUGAGGAGUAUCUAAAUGUGUAUGUUGUAAAUGUUUUUGUUGUUAAGUUUGAAUGAACACAAACAAGUGAAUGUGUUACAUGUGUUAUAUAAAUAUUGUGUAGAUUCUUCAGCAGAUAUUGUUGUUAACAAUAUUACAUGCAAUGUUAUGCAUUUACUUAAGGAGGUAUGUACCCCUACUAAAAAUCUUGUAAUUCUUAUGAGAGUGACUUCCCUUUAAUGAAUAAAACUUAGUAUUUCCUGAUCCAAAUAAUAAGGAUAAUAAUAAUUUUAGAUUCUUAAUUACCACUCUCACCUGAAAACAGUUUACAAAUGAUUAUUACAACUGUUAUUGGGCUGUUUGCAAAUGGUCAGCAACUUUAAUUUUAUCUACAAAGGUGUUGUACGUAUACAUUUAAUAUUGAUAACACUCAUGCAUUUAUUUCAUCAAAAUUAAUGCCAGCAAAGCUUGAGAGCACAUUUACUUAUACAAAUUCUCAAUGCAUAUAGCUCACUGUGUCACCAAACUCCUUGUAACACUAAAAUCUCGCUGGACAAAUUAAUGAUGGCAGUACAACUUAACUGUACUAGGGGUUUAUAAAUCAACCAAGAUCUGGGGAUAGUUCCUCAAUGUCUUCUUAUCAGGAAAAUACAAGGAUAAGACCAGUUAUAUCUCGGUGCAUGUGAUCAUAUGAGGGCAGUUACAGUGCCUGCUCCAGCAGAGUCGAAACUUUCAUGUUGGUAUACCAACUAUAUGGCCUUGAAUAUUGCAAGAAGGUUGGUAAUGAUAAUUAAAACCCCAUUACUUUCAUUUGUCCAGAGAAAUUUUUUAAUUAUGAAUGGUUUCAGAAUAUAUUGGACUGCUAUAUGUGAAAUAUUUGAAAAAAUGUUAUGAAGAAAAGAGAAUGGAAGUUUGGGGAAAAUUAUCAAUACGCAAAGUUCAUUUAAAUGAGUGGCAUUAUAUAUAUUAUCAAAAUGAAUUGAAGUUUGGGAAGAAUUAUCAAUAUGCUAAUGAGUGGCAUUUAUAAUAUCAAAGCAUUAACAUCGUGAUAUUGAUAUAUUCUGUGUUUUUUUUUAACCCUCCUCAAUAUAAGUACAUGUUAUAUGGUAGCAUGAAUGCUUGAAUAUAUCCACAGCGCUAUGAUAAGAAUUGAAAUGCUUCUGCACAUUGCUGUCAUGAAUAUUUGAUAAACUGCCACAUACAAUCAUUCUAAACCACUAUAUAGAUGUUGACCAGAAUAAAUAAGGUGAAGAAAAUCCUGAAGAUGAUGUAUUAUUGGUAUAGUAGUGACUUUACCAUAACAUAUAUUUCUACCACAAUACGCUGUGUUUAUUCAACUCUCAAGCUAUUGUAUGAAUGUGCCGACUGUUGGAUAUAUAUGUUAUAUUCCACUUGUGGAAUAUGACCUCCUGGUCUUUUGAUUGGUUAAAAUUUCGAACUUUGAGCCGAGCUGCAAUUGUUAUUGACGUCAUCAAUAAUCGAAUGACGUCACAUCACCGGGUCCCGGCUGUCACCUGUACACAUUAUUUGCAUGCGCGAAAUAAUACUUGGCCACGUUUCCCUUUGAUUCAAGCCGAUAUUAUUGUAGUAGAAACAGGUCACACGACUCGUGAUUUUUGGAUAUUGAAUUUAUUUCACACUCGUAAGUUAUUUUUUAAAGUUAUAAAAGACACUCGCUAAAGCUUGUGACUUUUGAAAAAUACUUUACUCGUGUGAAAUGAAUUCCAUAUCCAACAAGCACCCGUUGUGUAACCUCCAUUUACACUAUAUUGAUACUAAACUUAAUCUGAGGUCUGUUGUUGUUAGUAGAUUGUUACUACUGUGUAUUAUCUUUGAUCUCGAUUUCAAUAAAACACUGUAUAUUUUUGGA